UUCUGCGGCGCACCCCGGUUUAUCCAGAAAUCCCCUCUUCCACUUACCUACUCCUGCAAUCUGCUUCUAUUUAUACCUCAUUACUCUAUUAUCUCUGCAUCUGAGUGCGUAAAUUCAUAAGAGAAUAUCAAGCAUAAUAUCCUCAUUUUCAAUCCUGGGCAUUGCAAGGGAUGCAACGAGGAGGCAGGACAUGAGCAUGGCUUCCAUGCCCUCUUCUUUUAACAGUAGUACCCCAAAUGGCAUUGCUCAGCAUAGAGCAAAGCAAUACUCACACGAUGGGGUGAAAGCAGGGGCGAAGGCAGCCACAAUUGCAUUUAUAGCAUCUGCAAUCCCCGUGGUGAUGGGAGCACGAGCCAUUCCUUGGGCAAGGGCGAAUCUCAACUAUGCAGCUCAAGCACAUAUCAUCUCUUUAGUCACUGGAGCAGCUUAUUUCGUUGUGGCAGACAAAACCAUUUUGGCCUCUGCACGGAAGAACUCUUUUGAAAAACUUGCGAGUCGUGUCGAAUUGGGGAUAUAUCUAUGCAGAAAUAGAGAAGUCAGCAUGGAAGAAUGGCUGAAUGUAUGUUGUUUUAGAAUUGUAGGCUGAAUUUUAUGUUACGUUACGUUCCCCAAAAUAAUCAUUCCACGCACCAGAGUCAAUAACUGAAGUUGCCAAGUUGAGUGUCAUCGGAUAUUAAUAGAUGUUUCAUUCUUUAUUUAA